AUCGUCCUGUGAUGUCACCAGCGAGCGCCGCCUCGGCCGCGGUCUUAUAAGAGGAUCCUCGGGACACGCUGCCCUGGUGGUCCUCCGGGCUGGUCGCAGUCAUUGGGUGUGACGCCAGUGCUUCUGCGCCCGCCGAGCUCAGGCCCCGGUCCCGCGAGCCUGGCCUGACAGCGUGGUGCGCCCGCACGACCGGCCGCUGCGGCCAGACUCUGAUGCUGUUCUCUGGUAGAAGAAGGCUGCUCACGCCUCUGCUGCAGGCUCAGCGGUGGCCCUUCCAACCCUCCAGAGACAUGAGGCUGGUGCAGUUCCAGGCACCCCACCUAAUGGGACCUCACCUGGGCCUGGAGUCAGGGAACCACGGGGGGGUCAUCAACCUCAACGCCUUUGACCCCACAAUGCCCAAGACGAUGAUGGAAUUCCUGGAGCAGGGAGAGGCCACUCUCUCCGUGGCAAGAAGAGCCCUGGCUGCCCAGUUGCCAGUCCUGCCACGGUCAGAGGUGACCUUCCUGGCUCCAGUCACACGACCAGACAAGGUGGUGUGCGUGGGCAUGAAUUAUGUGGACCACUGCAAGGAACAGAAUGUGCCCGUGCCCAAGGAGCCCAUUAUUUUCAGCAAGUUUGCCAGCUCCAUCGUGGGUCCCUACGAUGAGGUCGUCCUCCCGCCUGAGAGCAAGGAAGUGGACUGGGAGGUAGAGCUGGCCGUGGUCAUUGGAAGGAAAGGCAAGCACAUCAAGAUAUAUCAAAGAAAAAGCGCUCAGGAAGUGGAAGUGUGGGGAUGGCUUGAUAUGGAGCCCCCUCCUCAGCUGCCUUUUACUGAUUCCUUAGAGCAAGUCUUAACCUGCGCCACGAGUCCUCAGUGGGCCGCCCUCCUUCCACGUCCCCUAGAGGACUACAGCGGCAGAGAUCCACACAACUUAAAGAUCUGCUGCCGCGUGAACGGGGAGGUGGUCCAGAGCAGCAACACCAACCAGAUGGUGUUUAAGACGGAAGAGCUGAUUGCCUGGGUCUCCCAGUUCGUCACUCUCUAUCCCGGGGACGUGAUCCUGACAGGGACCCCGCCAGGUGUUGGUAUAUUCAGGAAACCUCCUGUCUUUCUCAAGAAGGGCGAUGAAGUCCAGUGUGAGAUUGAAGAACUGGGUGUCAUCAUCAACAAGGUGGUAUGAUGGCUCCUGCCACAGGCACUGGACAUUAGACAGGUGGGGCAUCCGAUCCCACUUAGCCCAGCACGGGGUCAAAGCGGGGGCCAGUACCAGCCCCCUCAAGGCUCCUCUUCAAUAAACUCAGGCCAAAGCAGCAA